AAGAGGGAGAUCCUGAUGCCAGGAGAAACGGCUCCGACCCGGAGCCUGAUGCAGAGCACCAGCUGAUCUCACGGGUCGGUCCUGAUUCUGGUGAGUUAACAUGAUUCAGCCGUUUCACUGAGCUCAGGGAGGAACAGAUGGACCAGAACUUUAUUUAAGCGCUUCCACCCAUUGAUUCAUUUUUUAUAGCAGCAUCAAAUUUAGAAAAAAAAAGAACUCAACUGAAUCUUCAGGUAUGUUUAAUUUAACCAUCUGAAGCUGAAUGUUUCCUGUGCAGAAGCUAAUUUUCUUUUUAAUAUCUCUACCAGCGACGACUUUUGAGACGAUCUGUGAGUGCAUCAGGUCUCAUCUGUGGUCUUAAUAAUAGACAAACCUCCCAUAACAACCAGCAAACACUAAUAAGUUCUUACAGUCAGUCCUCUAUAUGAUAUUUGCUCGUGCUCGUCGUCCUAAAUGAAAACGUCCGACAGGCCCAAGCACAGGUGAGCUUUACGACUUACCAGUUUACGAGGUGUUGCUUUUCCUCGCUCUGGUCUAAUCAAAUCAAAUGUUUACUUGUUUUAUCACAAAAUAAAGCCGUCUUUUACGUUUUAUAGGCAGAAAACACCUGACUGUCAGUCAUGCAGUAAAGCUACCUUAGUAAAUUUACAUUUCAUAAAGUGUCACAUUUUAAUUUGUCUUCAUUUGCUGCAGAUUUAAAAGCUCCAGCAGGAGCAGGUGGACAUGUCCCUUCCAGCUGAUGUUGGACCACUUCUACCAGCCAGAGCUCCUCUGGACGUGAGCACAGCUCAGUAAAGCUGAAGUUGGUUGUGACUUUGAUGUUAUGGAGCGGUGGAACAUCACAGAUCUGACGGUAAAACAGCUUUCACCUUUGACCAACUGUAGCGUGGACACGAGCUACCGCUUCACCUUUCUCCAGGUGUCCUACAGUGUCACCUUCCUGCUAGGGCUGGCCACCAACAGCCUGGCUCUGCGCAGACUCUGCUCAUCAACCUGCACCAUGAACAGCACGGCUAUUUACAUGGCCAGCUUGUCGUUCGCCGACAUGUUCUUUGUGAUCUCUCUCCCCAUGAGGAUCUACUACUACCAUCAGCGGGCUCGAGCUUGGUCUUCCAACACCGGAGACGAGUCCAGUUGGAGUCCCGGAGCAGCUUACUGCCAGAUCACUUUCACGCUCAAAUACAUCAGCUUGUACGGGGGGAUAUUCUUCCUGGUGUGCAUCGCUGUUGACCGUUACUCAGCCGUGGUGCACCCUCUGGCAACUACGCUUCGAAGGCUGCGCGUGGCUCAGGUGGUCUGUGGGGGGAUCUGGUGUGUGGUGCUGGGGCUCAGUGCGACUCUGCCUCUGCUGCGUUUGGCUGCCUCUCGUCAGAACCAGCCCUGCCUGAUGGACCCGACCUUGAAGCGUCACAAAACCUUCAUCCUGCUGGCCCUGGGUUUAGUUCUGGGGUCCUUUCUGCUGCCCACGCUGGUCCUGCUUUACAGCUACUGCAAAGUGCUGAGUGUGCUUCGGCACUCAGGACAACGCUCUCGCGGCCACCGCCGCAACAGAAAGCUGACCCUCAGGGUGAUUUACUGGGUUCUGGGUGUCUACCUGCUGUGUUUCCUUCCUUAUCACCUUAACCUGCUGGGAUACACCCUCACACACGUCAGACUGCUGCCUUACUGUCGGCUGGCCAAAGUGACCAAGGCUGUGCACCCAGUGGUCCUUUCCCUCGCUAGUUUCAACUGCUGCCUGAAUCCACUCAUCUACUACUUCAGCAGCAGCCUGGUGCACAGGGAAGUUCCCACAUGUGGAAGCAGGGGCAGGUAGUAAAUCAGGACGAUAAACUGUUUAUGUAAAGAGAACCUGACAGCUUUGAGGUACUAAUCAAUACACGACAGACAACACUGUCAAAGUAGCCACUGUUCUCUGUUAGAAGGUGCAGUUUGAGCUCUUGUUGUGAAACUCGGAUGUUUUCAUUAAAUGUUAAGUGGUACUUCUGGUUAAUUUUACUGCAACUUCACGAUUAUGCAUCAGUCUCCAGUAUGUACUGGGAAAUGAAAUGCCCAGUAGAGUCGCUGGUUGGGUCUUGUGGGUAACUCAUGCCGAUUGUUUGUAAGUCAGUAGGAAGUGAUAUUGGCAGACAUCGCCAAACAGGAUUUAUAAGACUGCUUCAAAACUCCCAACACUCAAAAAUGCUGCGGAAACCCUCCCACUAGGGCUGCACACUUUAUCGCAAAUAUAUCGUUAUCGCGACAUCAGCAUGUGCAAUAUGCACAUCGCAAAGAACAGAUAAACAUCGCAAUGAACGGUCAGCUCAAAUGUUUGCUGCACAUAAUGCAUUCUGUCAAUCAAACAGAAGCAUGAUGUUUUUUUAACAAAUCAAAUAGAGCUCUUCACCCAUUUGGCCAAUUGGGCGAGUCCUCAUAGGUUGGAUGGUUAGCACUAACACUUAAUUUUGAUGGUUAGCAAGCACCUGAGUUAGCUUUGCUCUGCUCUUUCCGCUGAUUCUGCUUUUCCCGGGAUCCACGGAUCCUUUUCUUGUUCAUUUUCUUUUUCCCUUUCCUCACAUCUUUUGCUUGUGUUACUUUUAUGAAUUUUUUGCCAUAUUUAUUAUUUCUUUGCUUUUGAUUAUUUUUGUUCCCGAGUUAAGUUUUUAUUUAUUGCAAGUAAUAUCAUUAUCGCAAUAUUAAUCACUGUUAUUGCAUAUCGCAGGUUUUCCCAACAUCGUGCAGCCCAACCUCCCACCAUGUAGCAAUACACACCAUUUUGUGACCUCCUACAGAGUGUCGUAAAGAACGAAGUUUCUCCUGGUCACUGAACGCUGCUUUUCUCAUAGCCACGCCAUUAAGGCGCCUCCUGAACAACGUAGAAUACUGUACUUCAACAGGAGAAAACUUCUGAUGUUUAAUGCACUUGGCUGUGUGUGGUUCAGCACUGAUCAGUGACAUCACUGACACAACCGCGUAGAGGACCGAACUGGCAUAUUUCUUCCUGUCACCUUCUGCCCUCCCACAAAGACCUCGUCUAGCGGAAACACAGCUGUUUAUAAGCAUGACUGCCGUUCUAAGCACCUGAACUAGCAACACACCUGUUGAUGGAGUUUGUGCAACUCAAGUCUGAAGCAAACAAAUUGGUAAUCACCUUCAGUGCAUCCAAGAUAAAAAAAGGACAAUAGUGCAACUGGUUUAAAAGGUUAUCAGGAUGCAGAUAGAAAAAACGAAUAAUUCUAACAUUUUGUAAUAGGUUAUGUAACUGGCUUAAACCAGUUACUGAAGUAUGUGAUUCUGCAACAUGCAGCUGUGCUUCCAUGGAAGGAUGUGAUUCUGGUCAAUUUAUUAGGCACAACUGUUUAACUCAUUCCCUGCCAGCUGUUUCCUGAUCAGAAAAGCCCUUCGCUGCCGGCGAUUUUCAGCGUUUUCACUGUUUUUCUAAGAGUCACAGAACGUUGUGCGAUUGGAUGAUGUCAACGCCAAAACUACCCAAACCACCAAAACAAAGAGUAGACUCACCUCUUGCGUC